UUCGCCGGCAGUGACGUAGCGAGCCAGUUCAUCCCACGUGACUCAGUACUUCCGGUUCGAGAUUUGGCAAUGCGCAUGUAUCGCGUCUGUGUUCAUCUCGUUCCCUUGUCUCACUAUGGUCGGAUGUUCUGCAUACGGGUGCUCUAACUCGUCUGUCAAGGGACAUAAAAUGUUUCGGGUUCCAUGGGAGAAAGCAAGACGAAUGCGCUGGGCUGUAGCCAUAAACCGAAAAAAAGCCGGCGGCCGUCUGUGGAUGCCUGGUGUAGGCGCGCGCAUCUGUGAGAUGCACUUCGUGACAAGGAUGCGAAGCGAUGAUCCGUCGCAUGUGGAUUACGUGCCAUCAGUGUUCCGACACGAUAGAGAGUCCGAGACCCGGGCUGAACGAAAAGCUAAGCGUUAUGAACGCCACAUGCGCAUAAUGCAUAAGCGAGAAGCUGCAGCUGCUCAGCAGCAUCCCAGGCUCGAUGGGGAAGCCGAAGUAGGGAUUCUGGGCACUGAUUAUGGCAAUACUGCAUGUACCGACGAUACCAGUAUCGACGAUAACAUGGGCGACAUCGCAUUGACUCAGGCUAAAGCUGUCCAGACAGACGCACUCGCCUUGUGUGCAAGUUGUUCCUGCUUGCAAGAAGAGAACGAGGUACUGCGGGGGACAGUCAGUACUCUACAGGAGAGAGUUGCAACUCUAACUAGGAAAUUGAAUGCACAGUUUGAUGUAGAGCACAUGAAUGAUGAUCAAGCAUUGUUCUACACAGGUGAGUGA